CAGCCAGCAAAGAAAAAUCAAAACACAAAGCAAAACGUCAAACAAUCCCUGUUUUUUGCGUAAAUUUUCUCUGCCUCUGUGUGUGAUGUGUCAUCCAAAAGUCAGUGGAAAAUUGCGUGUGUGAAAAAUCGGAAAAAUCAAUUGCAUUUUCUCCAGCCGCGCGGAGGAAAUUCGUUCGUUCCUGAAAAAUAAGUGUAAUUCUAGUGGUGUUUGUGUGUGCUGCACAAUAGCUUUUAUUCCUUGGCACAAAGUAGAGACACUGAACUGGUUCCAUACUCGUCCGGUGCUAGUAAAUAAAUAAAUCGAAAUUUCUCAGCUAUUGGCCAAGGAAACUCUAGUUCCUGCCUGUGAAGGACUUUUAUUUUCCAUUAAAUAGGUGUAUGUAGAAAAAUGUUGCGCAAAAAGUUGUGCUAUUCGGUUUCUCUUAACUAACUGCAGCCUUCAGCAGAAUUGUGCGACCAGAAAAGGGUUCCCCAAAGUGACCACAAAUAGUUUUCGCUUAGUUAAUAGUGGGUGGGGAUCGUGGUCCCUUCAGCACCCUCCUCUUCCCCCGUUUUCCGCGAAAGAAAUACACACAACCCCUUCCCCCGAAACAAGAAAAUACUCGCCAAGGAUCACCGUCAGCUGUCCGGCCGUGGUGUUUGCCUCGGACACCGCCCCUUUGGAGCAACAAAAAUGUCCGAUAAAGGCACCUCCAGAACCUGUAGCACCGUUCCUCCACCCGCCUCCGGUCCAGACAACAACAAAUGGCUAUAUUUGAGCGGCGCCUCGAGCAGAAGGUUGUCCUAGAUGAUACGGAAGCGAUCGCCUGCCACAUCGAGACCGCACAAAACAUCGACGGCCACACGGAAUACGUGCUGCGAGUUCAGCGUGGACCAUACCCCGAAAACAGCUGGCGCAUUCUAAGACGUUACAAUGACUUCGCUUCGCUCAACACGUGCUUGCAGAUAUCAGGGAUUGAGUUGCCGUUUCCUGGAAAAAAGUUCAUUGGUAACAUGCGCCCUGAGUUCAUAGCUGAGCGGUUGUCUGCACUACAAGAAUACCUAAAUCAAGUACUAAUGAAUCCCAUUUUGGCAUCAUCGCUACCGACCAAAAAAUUCAUCGACCCGGACAGCUACUCGACGCCGUUCCAUGAUCUUGCCCUGCAGUAUGCGUCCAUGUGUUUGCGCACCGAGGGCGUCUACACGCUGGGCCAGUCGCUCGGGCCGAUCGGGUGGCGUCUGCGAAAGCACUACUUCAAGGUGGUGCACAAGCCCCAGGGUGGCAACAAGCACUCCCCGGGGCACUCGACCACGAAGCAUCAUCUGAUCAAGUCGAGUUCGCAGUCGCACGGCAAGCAGCACACGACGCAGGUCUGCGUGACCACCUCGACCGAGAAGGACUACAACAACUCGAAGGAGGGCAGCGGUAGGGACGAUCUGAUCCUCACCUGGACCGAGUUCGGGCCGGAUCGGUACAUCGACGAGAAGGAGAUUCACAACGUGCUGAAGAACUUUGGCAGUGUGCAGCAUCCGUACAUCGUGCCGAUCGAGUACAUUGCGUCGAACGACAAUGGCGCGCUGGUGAUUCGCAAGUUUUACAAACAGGGCUCGUUGAAGGACGUGCUGUGUGGCGUGACUUCGCCGUGCAAUCCGUUUCUGUCCAAGUAUGGCAGUCCGAAGGGGCGAGCCCCGUUGCCGCUGAAGGAGCUGGCGCUGUACGCGAGGCAGAUUCUGGAGGCAAUUCGGUUCCUGCACUCGAAGGGGUUGGCAUGCGGUCACGUCCACUGUGGCAACGUGCAGAUCUUGGACGGAGUGGCCCGGUUGAUGGACGUGGAGAAUUUCCUUUUUGGAGUACCGUCGUUCUACCGGCCGUUCUUUGUGCAGCACAGCAAAAUAAACUCGUGCGAAUCGAUCGACGUGUACGGCUUUGGCCAUUUGCUGUACGAGAUGUGCAUGGGCUAUCCGCUGCAGGACUCGUACGCGCGCCAAAUCACCGACUGUCCGGAUAGUUUGAAAUCUCUGCUCGAGUCGAUCCUGCUGAAGGACGCCUGCAAGUCAUCGCUUCCCACGCUCGAUCAGCUGGCGUCGCACGCGUUCUUCAGCGAGUACGCGGCCACCUUCAACGAGCAGUACGCCGCGGCCAUCGCAGCCCAAAAGCCACACCUGAAGUUUUCCACCAAUGCCAAAGAACAGCUGAAGCUGGCGGUGCAAAAGACUGAGAACCGCGUCCGCGACGAGCAAAAGUCGGUCAAAAACCAGAAGCGUCUAGUCAGGGUGCAGGAGAUGAUGACCUCCGAGGAGGAGAAGAAGAAGAUCAAGCAAAAAGCGAAACAAGAGCACCGUCAGGCCAAGCUGCGAGCGCAAAACUCGCUCCAGCUGAACAACGGCCCACCAACGACGGUGACGGUCAGCGCCAGUUCCGGCUCGGCCGGGGCCGUCAUGUUCAAGUCGGACAGUGCAAAUAGUAUUACCUCGCCGCACGAUGCGGCCCUCAUGUCUCCGCCUCCGCACGGCGCCCCGGACAGCGGCGGCAGUGGCUCGUCUCCGCUGAGGCAGCCCCCGCCGUCGGCACCGCCGAUUCCGCCGCCCAACACGCUGGCCCUGUUUGAUCAGGCGCUGCAGGCCGCCGCCAGUGGUGGUGGUGGCGGUCGUGGUGGCAGUCCCAACCAGCAACAUCUGAAGGCCGCCGGUCGGCCCCAGCUGAACAAGUCAAUUUCCGGUGACGAUGGCUACUGCAGCACCACCCGCAACGCCCUGCUGGACUCGAUUUGCAACUUUAACAAGAGCGGUCUAAAGAAGGUAAGCAGCAGUGAGAAAUGAACGUGUUCUUUCCUAGAUCGGCGACGACGAUCCAAUCAAUCAAAAGAUGUGUAAAAUCCAGAGCACUAAUAUAUACUAGAAAUCCCACCACCCUGACAAAGGAUUAAUCAAUCAAAACUACGUUUAACACGCAAGCUAGAACAAAACUAAAUCAUUUCUCAGCAGAAUACAUAAAGUGGAGACGAUGACGAGGGGCGAACAGCAGCAGCUGACGAUACCUAAAACCAACUGAUCAAUCUGAUGGAAGUGUUUCGGACCAAUUUUUUCGUACUGUAGAGAAUUAUUAGUAGGGGAACGAAAAAAAAUCAAUAAAAUGAGACAAACACAGAACAAAGUAAACAAACAAAAAAACAAAAAGUCGUAGAUAACAUAAAACACACUGGAAUUAUUUGAUUGUAAACUGAGGAUCUGCAAACGAACAGUAGGAAAUGGAGAAUCCGACAUCAGUGGCUGUUGAAACAGUUGAAUGCAACUAGUUUGUUGUGUAGCAUUGUAGGAAGCACACAUGAAGGUACUUCUUGUUUUGAAAAUAGAGAACUUUACCAUUAAUUUGUUUAUUAAGUUGUCUCAGCAGGUUUCCGGUAGUUUUUCAGGUCGGUUUUGAAAAAGGUACACCCUAAUCUUCCAUUUAACUCCAAAAGUAUAAAAAUUUUAAUCUCUGGGGAAGUUUUAAUCACAGACAAACAGACGUAAAUUACUUUUUUUAAAUCUGAAAUCCAUCAAUCACUUCUCACUAGAGCCAUCUACUUGUGUACGAACGUACCGCAGGCAAAGUUUGGUAGUGGAGGAGGAACGGUUUGACGGUUCUACGAGGAAUGUCAGACGAUUUGGGACGAGAAGAAAGCAGCGCGGGACAAGUGGCUGCUGCAUAACAUCCCUGUGGGAACAAGGAGUCGUACAAACAGUUGCUAAGACAGCAAAGAGUUGGAGUGCCAGCACAUGGAACAGCUGUAUCGCUCCAAUGAUACGCGUAAGUUCUACAAGAAACUCGCUCUAUCCCGGAAAGGCUUCGUGCCGUGUGCCGAAAUGUGCUGCGAAAAGGACUCGGUUUAUAGCGAAGAACUAUGGAAGAUCAUGCCCGAAAACGGCUUUCCCGGGAAGCUGAUCAAUAAUGGUGACUGCGACAAGGUGACGGUAUCUCCGGCCUUUGUUUCAACAUUGGGCUUGAAGGUGUCAUGAGACGGGCACGCUUCAACAUGCGGGCACGAUUAUCAACCAAUCCAGUCAGUUCAUUUGCUAUGCCGAGGACAUGGACAUUGUCGGCAGAACGUUCGAGGAGGCGGCCAGGAGGUACACCGAAUUGAAGCGGGAUGCGGAGGAGGUUGGAUUGAAGGUGAAUAUGGCGAAGACGAAGUAUCUGCUGGCAGAAGGAACCGAGUCCCUUGGGGCUCGCAUAGGACCAAGCCCGAUCGACGGGGACGAGUUCGAGGUCGUGGAGGAAUUUGUGUACCUCGGAUCGUUGGUGACGUCGGCCAACAACUGCAGCAGAGAAAUUCGGAGGCGUAUCAUCACCGGUAGUCGUGCCUAAUACAGACUCCACAAGACCUUAAGGUUUGAUCUGGAAGUUUCGAAGUGCUUAGGGUGCAUUCACAUUCUUAAUACUCACCGAUGACUUCUUCGGUAUCCCAGCAGGCGCUCCAUCACUCUGCUUCUUCUGGUUGUUCUUCUUGCCCGCCUCGAAAAGAUCGAGUUGUCGCCACCGGAACUGACAGUUCUUUCCGAGUGCCUCAAUACCCUUCAACGCUUCGAAAAAAAAAAACCAGCGCUAUCCUCUUGUCCGCUCCCUCAUUGAUGAUGCGCGCUUUUGUAUGGUCCGUCCCGGCCGGAAGAGUGUGAGUGAAAAUUGAUAACUUUUAAUCUAGCGAAUUUUUACAACUUUUUAUUUCAAAAGCAAGCUACUUUUGUCAUUGAAGUAAUAUUUUCUGUGAGUAGUUUUAAACAUCGGUCAAACACGUGCAGUUGAGCUGUUUGUUAAUUCAACUUUGUCAUGGUGAUUUUUAGAACACUCAAAAUGUCAGGUCAAUCGAUAAUUGGAGCCGAACAUUUCAAAAGGGCACACAACUUUUGUAAACAAUAGUGUAUCCCUUUCACUCAAACAACAGUUUGCAUAAGGUGUGUAAGGUAUACGCUCUUGUUUACAAAAGUUGUGUUCCCUAAUGAAAUGGAAAGCGCGAAUUGAUGGAUUGUUUAAAAAAGAGAUUAAAGUCAUUUGGUUUGUGGUUAAAUUGACAGUUUUCUAGAAUUUUAGAGAAAAGUUACGAAAAAAAAAUCGAUACCAAUUUUGCUUUGCGAUUACAAAAAGGGGAUCCAUUGUGUCCCAACAUUUCGGUUAUUAGACUCGUUGUACUGAGAUUGAAUCUCAAUUUUGUAACUUUAAAAAAAAUGGAAAAUGUCCCCAAUUAGUCCUAUUUUUUGUUCGAGAAAUCUCUAGAUUUGUUCGAUUUUGGAAAUAUGAACGUUUAAUAUCGUAUCAGUUGGUUAUUUUAUUUUGUUUAAUCCUGAAAUUAAAAUGUUUAAAAAAUAUUAUAUUAUUUUUUUUUAUUAAUCGUUGUUUCCUGUAUGUUUUCUUCUAAAGUUAAUUCCCAAAAACAUGGAAAUUUAAGAAAAUGUAUCUGAUUUGGCCCGCCAAUAUCUCUCCUAAAGAUCAAGAUUAACAGAUUCAAGACAUUGUUUAUCAAACUUUUCUGGUCAUAAACGACUUGUUUAAUAUUAUUUUUGUAAUACAUUUAUCAUUUCGGCAAGGUACCUUCAAAUGCAAGACUUUAGGGAAACUAAAUCAAAUUAUAAUAAAACACAUCUCGUUGGAAAAACCAACCACACAUGAUCAACUAUUGGCAGUGCCAGCCGGGUUCCAAAAUUGCACACGAUUAGUCCGGUAAGAAUCGGCUGGAUUAGCUUUAGGAACCGAACGUGGAAAUAAACAUGCUUUAAAAAGAAACAAACCAAUGUGGGUGGAGAGAUGAACCUUAAAUUUAAUCAACACACAGAACAUCCUAAAUAGUUAGCACAUUCGAUGGCUAUGCGUAACAGUAACAAAGAAACAUAUAUUAUUAAGCAGUUAGUUGUGCUUGUCGUUAUGUGAGAAAAGAAAAUAUUGUGGAAUAAGAAAUAAGUUGGUCCUCCCAGUCCCAAGCAAAAUGUGAACGAACCCCACGCGUGGGGUAAGCCUAGUUUGUGUCGAAGCCCUUCUUUAUCAUCCUAGUUGUUCCUAAAUUAAUGGUUGACGUUUUUGGAAGAGAGAGAGAGAGAGAGAGAGUUGCACAAAACACCCCAACACCCACCCACCUUGUUGUUCCUUGUUUGAGUUUUUGCUCGUGUCUGUGAUUAUGUGUUUUAAGCCCCGAACAACGUUCGGAUACCUCAACAGAUUGGAGGGCAAAGUGCGGCUUUGCCCCUUACGGAGAGGUGUUGAAUGUGUUUCUUGGUUGGAAUCGAAAGCGUUGCAAGUGGAAAUGAUCUUAUGAAAGAACUAACGGUUAUUUGCGAUUCACACUCGCGUAUAUAACUCUUAUAAAACAAAUACGCAGUACUAAUCGUUAAUCGGAGUGUUCGUAGGGGACACGCCCAGCAGUAAGAAUAGAGAAACUAUUAUAAAAAGUAAAAUAAAAUACAUUCCAACCCACACACACACACACACUUACUCACAAAGUGAUGUAGUCGUUUUUCUCGAUACCUGUUCAUCUAUCGCAGUCGCAGUUUCACGUAAUUAUUUAUGUUGUUUAUAAACCUUGUGCCAUACGAAACCUCCUGGAGAGAGAGAGGACAGUGUAGUAAGAGUGGAAAAGUUCUUAGCGCCCUUUGCUAAAUCGAUGUUUCAAAAUUUGUAUCGAUCAACAGACUCAUCAAUUCCAAUCAUGCAUAAAAAUAACCUUUUGAAAAAAUAUGAUUGCUCUCACAAUAUUGUAUCGAGUUAAUUUGAAAAACAAAAAAUCUUCCGAGUCGCAAAUGUCUGUAAUACUAUUUAAAAUUAUUUUUCAUUUACACAUCGUUUUGAAUCUUAACGGAAAUACAACAUUGAUAAGCCUCACCUCGUUUGAAAUUGGGUUAAACGACUUAUUAAAAUGUUCAAUUAAGUUUUAAUUUUAAUAUCUUUUUGAAACAUUGACAAUGUAGGGCGUAAUAGGCAUACUGUUGCAAGCGAAUAAUACAAUUCUACACUCUAAACAUUUAUAGCAAGCAAAACUUUUCUCACUAUCUCUCAUUAUAAUUGUGAUUUAUGUCAACUAACUUUUAUCCUGAUAUAUAUCUCCCCUUUUAUAACAACAUUAUAUACUAUACAAUUUUAAACGAUACCUUACACCAGUGUAAAAAAUAUUCUACUAGCAAAAUAUCAACAUUAAAUUUAAACACACAAACAAAAACUAUUCAUAUUUCGUGCAGCGGAUGUUGUUAACAAAAGAAUAAAUCAACUUUUUGAUAAUGGAACUAAAUUUAUAGAAACUACACUCAUUUCGAUACGCAGACUAUUCACCACUAGUACUCUCACCUCUAAAAACACACUAACGACACCUAACGAUCCCAAGAACCAGUGUAAGAGCAUCAGCAGGUAGCAACCUAACGUGUAAACUCAUUUAUAAUACGCAUACAAUCCGAGUAAAUCUGUGGUAAACAUUAAUACAAAUACAUGCAACAAAAAAAAAAAAAAAACAUAACAUUUGAAUAAGACAUCCAGUUUUAUCUAGCAAGUUCCACUCAAAGAACAUGUAGUCCUUCCCAGGGUGAAACAAGAGCAGAAACAAAAGAUCCAUCUAUUUUUGAGCACAUUCACACAAACGCAGCAGAGCAGUCAGUCCAGAAUCAAUCAUUGAACAAAACAAGUAUGAAUCAAUGUAGUUUUUAUACGUCGUAUUGUAAACACGAAAUAAAGUUGGUGCAAAACCAUAAUCACCAACAAAACAUCAAAUAAAACAGUUGCAUUUUCCAAAGGAUUAAAGUAUUGGUCAGCCGUCUGCAACCUACAAACACGCAAAAACACAAUAACAUACACACACACUUACAGUCUGGCGGAAAACAAGUUGAACAAUUACGGUAUAAGUUAUUUAUACAUACAUAUAUUAAACUGCAGUACGAGACACCGACAACCGAUCGAGAGGCAGAGAGGAAACAGAAAUCGUCGAAGGAAUUAUCCCGCAGGAAUGAACUCAUAGACCGCAUAUUGGCAUUCAGUAACAAUUCCGUGAACACAGAUUAUGAUUCAAAUUUAAACCAGAGAAGUAUAUUUGUCAAAUUGGAUAACGCA